AUGUCUUUACAAGAUUCAGAAAGUAAAAACUUUUAUAUAAAAGUCUAUAAUCUAGUUCUUUUAGAAAAUAGAGAAAUUCUGAAAGUAUCUGAUAGCUAUCAAGAUAAGGAGUGGUUUAGUGAUAUUGUGGUAUUUAUCAAAGAAGAUCAAGAACAAUGUGAAUCAAAUAAGG